CGCUGUAGUGCACUACUCCAUGCACACUGCUCUCCUCCUCCUCCGCCUCCUCCCUCACUCCUCUCCUCUCCUCUCCUAUCCUGCUGUCUGGCCGCCGCUAGCAAGUUCGCCCCACGCUUCCUCCUUCGCUUUUUCGCGUCUUUUUCUGCCUUGAGAUCCACGUCGCGCAAAGCCUGCUGCACAAAGCCGCCGAGGAAACCGACACAAGGAAACUUGGUGAAAAAGGAACACGGCUGAAGAAGAAAAAGAAAAAGCGCCUCACGCGCGCACACACAUAUACUGGCGCGCGCGCGUGCGUACACACACACCAGUGAGUAGGACGCAAGCAGCUGGUUAUAGAAAAUGAUCCGCUUAUUUGCGAAUCAUUAAAUCCCAGGGCCGACCUACAAAAUUUACCACUCAACCCCUCUUCAUCCUUCUCCUCCUCCCCCCUGAGCCAAACAAGAGAAAGAGAGAGAGAGAGAGGGAGGUCUGCACAGACAGGUCGCACUUCCGAGGAACUAAAGGAGAUUGUGAAGGGCUACGAUGAGAAGAAGAGACACAGGAGAAACAGGAGGGACAAGAAUGCGACUCAAGUAGAAGGCAGUGGACACGCAUCACCACAAAGUGCCUGAAUGUGCUGGAUGCUGCAGCAGCCUCGUGCCGGCGCAUGCUUUUUCCCACGCCGCUGUUCCCCACAGCCCUGACUGCUUGCCUGUGUAAGUGUAUCUGUGAUUGCGCUUGGCCUUGACUCAGACUAUAUUUCACCCUGACAGGCAAACAGUCAAGCAGCCCAUUUGCUGUUCCUCGAUCCCAAGCCUCUUCCCACCUUGCUUGCAAUAUCAUCCUGAAGGACAGCAGAUUAGUUUCUUCUUUUGUACCCCAACACGUCUCACUUUAUUCACUGAGCCUUUUCAUCUCUUGUUGUCUGGAAAUGUGAGCAUCUUUAGAAAGCACUAAUGGACGGCAGCCUUUAGGAAUCUGAGGGUGAGAAAAGUCAUUUUUCUUAGAGAAGACGGUGGUUUUAUGAGACGGGACAGCCACUGCAGCUCUGAAGAACGUGUCUGUCUGCACUUUUAGUGCCUCGGUCUGAGAGAAGUGUUCAAGAAGCCAUUGCAGCAUGCCUGAGUGACCUGCUCUGCCUCAGCAUCUUUCUCCUGGACACGCCUGCUCUUUGCUCUGCUAUCCAGGUAUAUGGAACACACAGAGUCCUAGAUUUUUUUGUCACCAGUUUUUGCCAUUCUGUUUGAACAUUAGAGCAUGUUCCAUCCCUUUUACCAGAGUGUUUUUUGUGCUGUGGCACAGUGAUUUUUUUUUCUUCUUCCUGCUACGUGCGCUUCUGACAUUCUUACCCCGAGACGACCUUUAACUCCACCCUAAUCACCCACUCAUCAUGGCCGUCAACCUCGCUGUGGGCCGGGACACCAAGUGGCUGACACUUGAGGUGUGCCGUGAGUUCCAGAGAGGCUCGUGCUCUCGUACUGACGCCGAGUGCAAGUUUGCUCACCCUUCUCGCACCUGCCAUGUGGAGAACGGCCGCGUCAUUGCCUGCUUCGACUCUCUCAAGGGCCGCUGUACACGCGAUAACUGUAAGUACCUGCACCCGCCUCCACACCUGAAGACCCAGCUAGAAAUUAAUGGCCGGAACAACCUGAUCCAGCAGAAGGCGGCAGCUGCCAUGUUGGCUCAGCAGGUGCAGUUCAUGCUGCCUGGAGCCCAGCUACAGCCCAUAACCACUUUCCCAGUAUCACCCUCAUUGGCCACCAGUCAGAGUAUGGCAUUAAAUCCAUACAUGGGUCACAUGAGCCCUGGUAUCGGCCUUAUGCCCGAGCUGCUGCCCAGCACCCCUGUGCUGGUCCCAGGGAGCCCCACGGGCAUCACUGUGGGCAACGGCAACUCAACUCAGAAGCAUGUUCGCACAGACAAGCUUGAGGUGUGCCGUGAGUUCCAGCGGGGCAACUGCACACGGGGUGAGAACGAGUGCCGCUACGCUCACCCAAUAGAGGCAGGCAUGGUGGACGGCAGCGAGAACUCGGUCAUUGUGUGCAUGGACUUCGUGAAGGGCCGCUGCUCGCGCGACAAGUGCAAGUACUUCCACCCACCGGCACACCUGCAGGCCAGGAUUAAAGCAGCACAGCAGCAGCAGGCCAGCCAGAAUGCAGCUGCUACAGCAGCAGCAGCCAUGCCUGCAGCGCGUCCUCUGAAGCGCAACCUGCAGUCAACCCCUGACCUGGCCCUGCCUCCAGGCAGCAUGCAGCAGCUACCAAAGAGGCCCACCCUGGAGAAGAGUAAUGGCGCUGCGGCCGUCUUUAACCCCAGCAUGUUCCACUACCAGCAGGCUCUGGCCAGCAUGCAGCUGCAGCAGCCGACCUUCAUCCCCACAGGUUCCCUGCUCUGCAUGACUCCAUCUGGAGGCAUUGGGCUUUUCAAACCGCCCGGCCCAUUGGCAGAGGGCCGCUGGGAGAGGCGGGAUUGGAGCAGCUGCCGACCCCCCCACAGCCGCUACCUGUCAGGGCAUGGACAGACUGUUCCCAUGAUGCACGGUGCCACCACUUCCACUGUUUCGUCGGCUACGACCCCAGUCACCAAUGUUCCUUUUGCCGAAUCAGCUGCCUCCAAUCAGACCCCGCCGAGGUACUGACUGCUGACCCUGUCGACCUCCACUGCAUUCCUGUGGAAACACACCUCUGUCCAAUCCCCAAACUGCUGGUGGCGGCGCCGGUGGGCCUGAACUCAGUAAGCCUCGGCCGCAAUCUCAGUUAACACACCACUAUCGCCAUCCCCAACUCCAACCACACCAUAGAGACAUGAAUGCAAACAAACGUGUGCCUAAUCAGCGUGUCCUGCAAGGACAACCCUUUCAUCCUCUUUAUUUGAUGCCCCACAUCAACAAAAAGUCAACAAAAAGAGGUUUGUUGAUGCUAAAACAGGCAAUAUUUAAGCUAGGACCUUCAACUGUUUAAGGAAGUGUGCCAUGAUGCAAGGAGACUUAGAAGCAUGCAGAUGCUGAAACUGAGCGCUCCUUUGAAUUCACAGCCAUACAAAGUACACAGAUUUGUAGACAUGCACACACAUGUACACACACACACACACACACACACACACACACACACAUACACACACAAAGCUGAGAACAGUGCAUCCUCCUCAAAUGAGGUCUCAGACUUGGAUUAUUCGAGUACGAGUAGUAAAGCUGAGGCUUGAUGUCACCUGACAGCACACCUGAUUUUGCAAAGGCUUGUGUUGAUAGCGCAAGAAUGUAAUGUGCACAAUGCUUAGGUCAGAGAUGAGUGUUUAAGAGCUUUUUGAAAGCACUUUUUCAAACUUUUCUUUCAAUUAUACAGACAUUGAAGUUGUUGUGUUUUUUUUUUUAAUUACAGACAUUUACACAUUACUGUCCAAACAAUUAACAACAAAAAAAAGAAACGUGACCGGCAAGUAAAAUGUUUUCAAAAUGUGAAUUAGCCUCGUCCCUCAAGCCACUGACUGAAACGUGGAUAUCCUUUAAAAGCAAGCAAGGCAUUCAUAUUCUCAUCCUGUUAAUAAGUAAAGCUCUUUAUUUAAGUUUAAUUCUAACAAGCUGCAAUUGGUUGAUUAGAGGCACAUCACGGGUUUUGUUAGGUUAGGUAGAUCCCUGUGCGAAUACCCCUUAUUUCUUAAUGCAAUCCUGCUUGAAGCUUAAAUGUCUGUGUACUCGCAUGCCUUACUAUGCAUGACGAUGUACACUUAUCUGCAGAGUCUGAUUACAGCCCCAUAGCCAGUGCAACACAGGAGGUUUAAUAGAUGACUAGCUCAGGAUGAGUCUGAUCACCAUACUGUGAUAGGCAGUGCCAGCAUAGCAGCUGUGGUCGUCAAUUGGAGCGGCGCCAUUUCAAAGCCCAACUGUUCCUCUGUAGCCAGCAACCCCGGAGCGCAUUACUCAUCUCCUAUAACCUAGUGCUUUUUUCCACCUCCUCAUUUCCAUAAUACACUGAUCUGUAGGUUUACUUGCUUUACCAGAGGCAUUGUGAUAUAUUAGAGUCUGCCACUGUCUCUGCUUUAGUCUUUCUUUAUAGCAUGGACAUUCCCUGCCAAAAUCCAUGGCCCAGUCCCUCCUACUGUGUGACAGUCUGUUUGUCUGUGCUUAUUGCUUAGCCCUGUUUGUUACAUCUCACAGUAACACGAGAUCUUGGAACUGUCCAUGCUGCGAUAUUCACAGUGUGACAGCAACCAAAGCUACACUUCUGGAGUUUCAUAGAAGCCGUUUUUUAUUUUUUAUUUUUUUCUGAGCUAAUGUGCACGAGUCUUAACGAUAUACACAGUGUAAGGCGCAAAUCUAAUUAGGAAACCACUGAAUGUAGUCAAAUGCUCCCUGAAUAAAUCACUGUGGGAAUCGGAGAGAAAUAAAUACGUUCACUCACACAGAAUCCUGAUGUUUAUGGUAAUCCUGUAAAACUGUCCUGCAAUUGCAGCAGUACACUUUUAAAGUGCACUGCUUUGUGUGCCAAUGACUCCCAGAGCUGGGUCACUCUGUGCCAAUCAGUGGUAUAAAAAAAAAUAAUAAUAAAGGAUUAGAGUUAUUACAUGUCAAGGCCCAAAUGCAGACUGAUUGAAAAUGUUAUUUCCCCUACAGCUAAUGCAAUCAUUAAUGCUGUGCUUUCAUUCAGGCUUACAAUCUUUCCUAAUUUCCUACCCUCAUACCGCUGUACCAUAUGAUUAGCGCUCCUGUAGCGUACUUACGUGCAGACUAAAGGUCAUUUACGAUCUGAUCUACCAUGAAACCUUUUAUAAGCUUUAAUUGGAGUCGACACUUGUUGUAAAAGAGCAAAUACAGUGAUGUAAGAUAAAGCACCAGCCGAGGCCUGCGACAUUUCUGUCAUAUUUUUUUUUUUUUUUUUUAAUUUUUACUUUUUUUUUACUUCACAGCUCAAUGAUUUCAUCAUAAUUAUUUCUAUGUAUUACAUUUGUGAAAUGUGUGUCAAUUUUAUCCAGCUUACAGAUUCCCACCACUUAUUGUGUCCUUAUGUUCAAAAGUCAACAGACUCUAAAAAAAAAAAAAAGAAAGAAGGCAAGGCAAGGCAAAGCUGACUGUCGGCCAUACGAGCAGUUCGUUUUACAUUUGUGCUAAAAGCUGUAAUUCUGCAGGAGAUAAGUGGCGAGGUGUAGAGGCUGGGGAUCAGCUUUAGCCGGGUUACUGAUGGACCUCACAUACAAACAUUGCCAGGAAAGGGCCUUAUAUACAUUUGAAUGUGACAUUUAGGAAAAGAAGAAUGUCAGUUAAAGCUGGAGGAUGCCUGUCUCACCUUUCUCCUCCUCAACAAACCACAACAUAUUUCAACAUAUCAAGGGAGUAAAAAUCUCCUGAUGCCAUUCACUGUUGAUGUACUAUAAAGACAAGAUUCUAAGAGAAUUGUCAAGGACCUUGUUGCUGUCGUAGUUACAUGAAAACAGCUGUGCUGUUUUGUCCGGAUAGCCACACUGAGGAAUUUCGUUGGUCAAACACUGCACCUAUUUAAACAAAAUAUAUAUAUAGGACCUCUUUGGAAAUAGUUUAUUUGGAAAGUUUUAUUUUGUGUAGAGAAGACUCUCCAGGCCGAGCGCUCAGGGCCUGUUUUUCUAAGCAUAAAUUAAGUUCGAACUGAUUGUCGAUUUUAAUUCUCAUUGACAUUUAGUCUUCAAGUCUUGGGAAACCGGCCAAAAAAAAAAGUUAUGCUUUAUAACAAUGAUAUCAAAUAACAAACUAAGCAUGAACUGCUCAAAUUCAAUAGCGUGAACUGAGGUAAAAUGCAAAAUCAACAAGACAAUAUACUGUGUUAUUGGAGUUUCUGUGUUGUACACAAUUUAUAAAAAUGUUACGGUGUGGGUGUGUGUAAAUUGUUGGCCGUUCAGUUGUUUAGGAGUAUACUAUGCUGUUGAUUUGUAUAAUGGAUUAUUUCUUGUAGUUGGGUGAGUCUCAUUGCCUAGCCAAGGUAUAGAUCUUUCUCUCUCUCUCUCUCUCUCUCUCUCUCUCUCUCUCUCUCUCUCUCACUUUUUUCUCUCAUAUCAAGAAUUAUGCCUUCUCCAACUGCUAUCCAGCUGGAAUUAACAGAGUACUUGAUUAAGGAAAAAAAAUGCCUCAUUUGGGGCUUUAGCAUUUUAAGAACACACUUUUUAAGAAGUGCGUAUUCAUGUGUAAUGUAGUUAGAUAAUCUUAUAUGUACAUAUUACUAUUGCAUCCUUGUUAUAGUUUUGGUCACCAUUAAGGUCAUGUGGCCUUUGUCAUUUUUAAUGGUACUCUUAUUUUAGCUGUUUAUCCACAUGUUAAGUAAAUUUAUUGUGAGUUUUUACAUUCUGAAAAAUGAACACGUUUUAGUUACCUUGAUUGAUGAUUUCCUAUCAGUUACUUCUUCGACAGCAUAAACUCUCAUUGCAUGGAAAUGGAAAUAAUCUGAGUAAUCUGAAACAUAGUUUGUGUAGUUAGUAGUAAAUAAUAAAAAAAAAUAUCUCUCUAUAUAAAUAUUAAUCUAUAUAUACAUUUGUAUUACAAUGAUCAGUUCAUUGUAACUUGAUAGUAAGUUGUUGCUAUGGCAACAAAACUACAACAUGGCUACCUUUGUGAAUCUUAAUUGUGAAAUUUUUUCACACAUCAAUUGAAUUCAUGUACAAGGUUAACUUAUUCUAAAAGGGAAUGUGUCGAUAUCUUACCUUGGAUUAAGAAAUGAUGCCUAUUUUGUAUAAAGAAAAAAAAAAGAUUCCUUAAGUCCAAAGUCCAUUUGGAGAUGUCAUGUUAUUAUUAUAAUUUUUUUUUUUUUUAAUGAUUUCUUAAUUAUCUAAGGGGGUAGUUGUCUGCCUGAAGUCUGAUGAGUCAGUGUUGAAUCUUUAGAAUGGACCUGUUGGAUUAUUAGGUAAAAGAUGGGUAGAAUUGAUAACCUCUAUUGACUGAAAGAGAUAUUCUGGUGCAAAUUAUUCACUUUAGGUGGGGAAUUAUCUUUAUUUCUUCUUUUUUUUUUUUUUUAAGGGCUGUCUGGACUGGUAGACACCAGAAAGGAUCUUGCAGAUAGACUUGUUUUGAUGACGGGUGCUUGACUCUUUAACUCGAUGAUGUCAGGAGCAGAACGAGAUGUAGAGUGUAGUAAGCUAGAACUUGAACCUCCUGGUAAUGUCUCAUUUCUCUCCCUUGCUCUUUAGCCAGCCUUUUAGCCCAGCUGUGCUGGGACCUGCUGUGCCCCCCAUCAGUGUACGAAUGUGUGUCCUUCACCUCGUUUGCACUUAUGUACAUAAAUGAGUGAAAAUAUUCAGAAUUUAUUUUGAAUAUGCAUAGAUGAAUACAAAUAUAUAGACAUAUAUAUAUUGAAGAAAAAAAAACCUGUUCAAAUGAAAUGACUGUAUUCGUUUGGAAUACAGGUUAACAUCUGUCCUUUUACUAGGUUGUUCAAGAAACAUGAGGGAUUUGUUUGUAUGUUCUUUUUUGCUAAUGCCCUUGUUCUCACCAUGAGCAUGUUGUUGCUUGCUGAAAAAAAAUGAUGAAAAAUGAAAAGAUGCUUUAUAGUUUGUCAUAGUUUACAAAAGAAAAAGCAUAUAACACUGAGCACUGAGGCUGUUUAUAUCUGAUCCUAAACUGUGUUGGUGGUGUUUGGAAAGAAGCAUGGCCCCUGAAAUGUAUGCAGAUGAUACUUUGCAUCCAAGAAACCAAAGAAAUAGCUUGCUUAUCUUUCUCUUUUUUUUCUUUUUUUUUUUUUUUUGGUUUAUUUUUGUGAAUUGCCUGUUUAGUGCCACAAUUCUGCUAUUAUUAAUUAUUAUUCUUAUUAUUAUUUACCAUGGAUCUGAAAAAAAGGAUUCAAAAUAUAUCUGCUUGGGCUUUUGCUCAUGUGACAGCUGUAAUGGUGAAGUUCUGCCCCCUGCAGAUGUCAAACGGAAUAACAGACAGCGACAGGCUUUUUUUCCUGCCUGUAAGAAGGGCUGACCAUCUAAAUACAGGAAACACCACCAUCAUCAAGGUCAGAUUACAGCAGGAAAGCAUUGCAACUGGUUAUAUGGAGUUUGUUACAUUUCUGUAUUUGGUUUUCCUCUCAGUGUUCAAACACUCACACAUUCCCUCAGCCCCCCCCCAAAAAAAACCUGAUCGAUAAUUCUAUCUUGGUGCAUUUUCUUCAAGACAAAUCCUAUUAACACAUAGCAAAAACCUGGAGAUAUCUUGUACAUUCUGUAGUCCACAGUUGCUUUGGAAGCCAAGAAUUUUGUUGCCAUGGCACUUGUCCUAGUAGUGAGGGAGAGACCGAGUCUUUGUCAGUUCUUGCAUAUCGAUGCACCUUUGGACCACAUUCACAUGGUCCCAAACCUGACUAUAAAAUGGACUCAGCACAGGGUUUGAUAUCUUAAGUCCUGAUUUACAUGUAGAAAUAUGAAUGCAAUCAAAAAAAGAACACUUUUCACCACUUUUGAAAAAUAAAAAACAACAACAAUUAACACCCUUCUGCUGUCCACCUUACUGUGCCUGGACAUUCUGUGAAGACAGUGCUUAUUUUUUCUUUCUUCCUCAAUUAUUUUAUUUUUUAACCAAGAGAAUCCAUCACCUGUAUUUAAUCGCCUCCUAUUUAAGUCUGUGUGGAAAUCGAUGUUGACGGUAUUUACAUAUAAAAUGUAUGUAUAGGAUUAAGUUCAUAUUUAUGUUGUAAAAUGCUAUGGAUGUAAAUGUAAAUGCAGUCUCUUGGAGAUUUGAGGUUUUCUCCCUUUAAGGGCCGUCAGUCAGGUGUAGAUUUCAUCGCUGAAUAAAAGUGCUUUCAAGCCGAAGCAGUUUAUAGAAUGUCCACCUUGUUUCGAAGCCAUAUGUUGUUGAUUCCUUUUUCCCCCACUGUAGGACAAGAUCUAAUUGAAUGCCCUGACUCUUUAUAUGAAAUGCUUCUCUUUCUAUUUAGCGUGUUGUACUUGUAUGUGCUGAAAAUAAAAAAAAGAAAUAAUUGUGCUUAUUGCCAAUCCCUUUUAUGAUUAUAGUAAUGUAUAGAAAAUAUACAUACUUAUAUGAUCUGUUCUUUUUGUUUGACAUUUUAAUAAAGCACUUCAAUGGAAA